AUGGCACAUUACGCUCCCAGCGAAGAGACAUUCACUACAUUGAAAGACAAAGUAGUCGUCAUCACAGGAGGGAGUACCGGUAUUGGAGCUGCUACCGUAAAAUUGCUAGCUACAGCUGGAGCCACGGUCGUCAUUGGCGAUGUCAACAAGCAGGCGGCUGAGCAGCUGUGUCAGCAGCAUGAAGGAGUAUCGUUCGCCCAAUGUGACGUAACGAAGUACGACGACAUCUACGAUUUGUUCAAGACGGCGCUUGAGAAGCAUGGAAGGGUCGACCACGCGGUCAGCUCUGCUGGCAUAUUCGGCAAGUAG